AUGGGCAACCUUCGUCUUACCAUCCAGGAUGGCAGGUUCUGCGACCGGGAGGGAAGGCAGGUGAUCCUCCGAGGCAUCAACGUCGCCGGCGAAGCCAAGUUCCCCAGCAAACCUGACCAGCCGUCACACGUGGCCGACGAUUUCUUCGAUGGCGACAAUGUCAGUUUCGUCGGCAGACCGUUUCCCAAGGAAGAAGCGCAUCUCCAUUUCUCUCGGUUGAAGCGCUGCGGCUACAACACCAUCCGCUAUGUCUUCACAUGGGAGGCCAUCGAGGCAGCCGGCCCGGGUAUCUACGAUGAGGUUUGGAUAGACGAGACAAUUGAGGUGCUGCGGGCGGCGAAAAGCUACGGCUUUUACAUUUUUAUGGAUCCCCAUCAGGAUGUGUGGUCUCGCUUUACGGGAGGCUCGGGCGCUCCCAUGUGGACACUUUACGCUGCUGGUCUCAACCCCCAAAGCUUCGCAGCAACCGAGGCCGCCAUCGUUCAUAACACGUACCCAGACCCGGACGCGUUCCCCAAGAUGAUUUGGUCAACAAACUACUAUCGUCUGGCUGCUGCGACCAUGUUCACGCUCUUCUUCGCCGGCAGGGAUUUUGCGCCAAAAUGCAUCAUAGACGGAAUGAACAUCCAGGACUAUCUGCAGGGGCAUUUUCUCCGCGCCUGCGCCCACCUCGCCAAGCGCAUCCACGAGGCUGGGGCCAUCGAGAACGAUGUGAUAUUUGGUUGGGAAAGUCUGAACGAGCCGAACAAGGGCAUGAUUGGGUACGAGGAUAUCAGUGUCAUACCGAAAGAGCAGGCUUUGAAGAAAGGAACCUGUCCGACGAUAUGGCAGACCAUACUUACGGGGUCCGGGCGAGCCGUUGAAGUCGAAACGUGGGACAUGGGCGGGCUCGGGCCGUACAAAGUCGGGCGAGCCUUGAUUGACCCCCAUGGGGAGAUGGCGUGGCUGCCGGAGGGGUACGACGAUUCACGAUAUGGCUACAAGCGAGAUCCAGGGUGGAAGCUGGGGGAGUGCAUCUGGGCGCAGCAUGGCGUUUGGGAUCCAGCCACAGACACGCUCCUCAAGAAAGAUUACUUUGGAAGGCACCCUGACACCGGGGAUACCAUCGACUACCCCUAUUUCACCAACAACUACUUCAUGGCCUUCUUCCGACAGUACCGCGAUAUGAUCCGGACCCAUCACAAAGACGCCAUCAUGCUAUUACAGGGUCCCACAAUGGAGCUGCCGCCGCUCAUCAAGGGCACGCCCGACGGAGACGACCCUCUGAUGGUGUAUGCUCCGCAUUGGUACGAUGGGAUCACGCUAAUGACCAAGAAAUGGAACCGGAACUGGAACGUUGACGUGAUCGGCGUGCUCCGCGGGCGGUACUGGCACCCGGCCCUUGCCGUCAAGCUGGGCGAGACGGCCAUCCGCAAUUGCUUCCGGGAUCAGCACGCGGCCUUGAGGCAGGAGGGCCUCGAUCGGAUUGGGAACCAUCCGUGCAUGUUGACCGAGUUCGGCAUCCCAUACGACAUGGACGGCAGGUAUGCAUACAAGACAGGCGACUACUCCAGUCAGUCGGCUGCUAUGGACGCCAAUCACUUUGGAGUGGAAGCGUCUGGCUUGGAGGGCUACACGCUGUGGCUGUACAUGGCCAAGAACGACCACGAGAGGGGUGACCAGUGGAACGGCGAGGACCUCUCUAUCUUCUCCCUCGACGAUAAGCUGCUGCCUCUCUCGGCGCGUCCGAGAACCCCCGAUCGUGACGGCGACGCAGCAUCGAGUCGUCCUCCAUCUGUGGCCAAAAAAGACCUCGACGACGACGAUAGUGUCACGCCGGCCAACCUCCACCGCUCCAUCACGAACCCCUCCAUCUCUUCCCAAGCCACCACCCGCCAGCCCGAGCUCACCGUCUCCCCCGGCUACCGCGCAGCCGAGGCAUACGUCCGGCCCGCACCCAUCGCCGCCGCGGGCGUCAUCAAGAACUACGGCUUCGAUCUCCGGCAGUGUCUGUUCAGCCUGACCAUAGAGGUUCCUCCGUCUCCCAACAAGGGGGCAGUGGAUCCGGACGCGCCGACGGUGGUGUUCUUGCCCGAAUACCACUUCCCCAAGGACGCCUGCACGGUGCAGGUCAGCUCGGGCAAGUGGGAAAUUAGCAGCGACGAGGAGGAGACGGUGCUCGUGCAGCGGCUACGGUGGUGGCAUGGCGCGGGCCAGCAGACCCUGAGGGUCUCGGGUGUGGUGAAGAAGCAUAACUUUGGUGAGGGGGUUAACGAGGAGGCCGGGUAUUAUGAGCAGUGCAAUCAGGGGACGUGGAGUAAUUGCGUCGUUAUGUGA